AAUGAUCGUUACCUGGUACAGGACUACUGUCCACGUGACAAGGUAUACGUAACCAUUGGCAAUCCCAACGAGGCGAUCAUAAAUCCCCUCAUGAGUUCAGUUUCCCGUUCACAAGCUCACGCUGUCGCCAAUCACGCCGGGUUCAGUGGGACGUCGAAACGUCAAAAACGACCCAGCGCAAAUAUCCUUGGUUUCAAGGGUGGUCCUCGCCAUCACACCACAACACCCGAGGUGCCUGAGGCCCUCUUCAAUAGUGCUGCUGAGCAGUCGGCACAUCCUUCUCUCCCAGCGGGAUAUUCUUUGAGUUCGGCCUCAUCGGAUUCGUGCAAUAUGGAGGCUUGUGGUGUUGUAUCGCCUGCAUCACCUCCUCUCUCUCCCUCCCGUCUCUCCUCGCUCGAAGUCGGUCCCAACCGGAGUGUCCUAUACACCACCAUCAUCCACAAUCAAUCGAGACCUUCCACUCCUCCUCUACGUCUGCUUGACUGA